GAAGAAUACGGCACAUUUGAUCACGUCGAGAGGUUAAGGUAUUUAGAGAUUAAGCCGACAUCGGCAGAAAAGGUUGAGAUCGAAUUGUUGAGGGAGCUGUUAGCGAGCAAGGUGCCUGGUAUCCAGGAGUUUAUUUCGGAAGAACGAUAUCUGAUGUUAAAGGGCAAGCUGAUGUAUAAUGCAUACGGGAUAAAGACGCAUAAGUCAGAAGAUUCGCAUCUCAUUAAAGAGAAUGCAGGAGAAACGAUGCGCGCGGAAGCAACACCAGCAACCGGCGCCGGCUUCUAUCGCGUGGCAUCUUAUCUUACUCAUUCAUGUGAACCUAAUACUGAAAUCACUUUUCCAAAAGACAACCAUAAACUUUCUUUGGUGGCAAUAUCUUCGAUUAAAGCAGGAGAUCAAUUGAGAGUAAGCUAUAUUCCUGUUGGCGACAGGGAUGUGAACAAUAGAAGAAGUGAGCUGGAAGCUAAGUGGAAAUUCAGAUGUAUGUGCCAAAAAUGUGUGUCGGAAGAGUCAGUACCGUCUGAGACUGAUGAUGAGAGGAAUUGGGUCGAUGAAGACGUCGAAGGUGAGAGCAGCAAUGAAGUCGCUGCGUGA